CGGGGCGGCAGGGAGUGGGCUCGGCUCUAAGCCAUUGGUCGCUUGGCCCAGGAGGGCGGAGGGAUGCCGCAGAGCCCGGGUACAGCCUGCUAGGUACCCACUCCCACUGCGCCUGCCGCCGGUGCUCUCUGCUGGCUCUCCGCGCCCCCGCGCGGUGCAUUCCCUGGGACAGCGGUGCGGGCGCACGUCGCCAAGACAAGGACCGCCGCCCCACCCCAACGCCAGAGUCCAGAUCAGCAAGGUUCUUCCUGGGGAGUCGCCACGCUCACAUUGGCGGCUGGCGUUGCUCUGGGCUGUUUCUUGCUGUGUUUCUUUUGGGUCUUCUCGCCUGUCUUCGGGUGACUGCAAAUUCGGAUAAGUUUUUCCCGCUGAACACUUGGGUUCCUCAGCGGAGCUUUCUUUGCUCCCCUCAGAACCGGGCUCUGUGGAGGAUUGAUCCCUGCCUCUGCCUUUGUUUGAAAACCCAGACAUCUUUGUUGUGCUGAUGUUCAGCCUGUGACAGCUGUGGCUGCUGUCAUGAAGAGGUCAUGCCAAUUUCAUCACUCCUAAGUGCCGCGUGAAACUCCAGCUUCUGAGUGCGCCUGCUCGCCCUCCCCUCUUCGCAGAGAUGUCUGAGGCUGACUCUUCAUCUGGGUUUGCUGGAAGUGUGGAGAAUGGGACUUUCCUGGAGCUGUUUCCCACGUCACUCUCCACAUCGGUGGACCCAUCCUCGGGUCACCUGUCCAAUGUCUACAUCUAUGUGUCCAUAUUCCUCAGCCUCCUGGCUUUCCUGCUUCUGCUGUUAAUCAUUGCUCUCCAAAGGCUGAAAAACAUCAUCUCCUCCAGUUCCUCCUACCCGGAGUAUCCAAGCGAUGCUGGGAGUUCAUUCACCAAUUUAGAAGUAUGCAGCAUCUCCUCUCAGAGAUCUACUUUUUCAAACCUCUCAUCAUGAAGAAAAUGGAAGAGUAG